UCAUGUCGAGUCUGUGCUUAUGUGAACCCAAACAUGAACCGAAAAGAAGAAUAAACCGACUUUUACUAUUUAGUUUAAGGUCAAAACGGAGAAUUAAUCGUCGAACUAUUAAGAAUGAAAUGUCUGUGUAUAAUUUAAUAAGAUGUGGUUUUGGGUGUGACUGAGUAUAAGUUGAAUUUACAUGAUGGUUUGAUGCUGAUGAGCUGGGAUGACUGAGUUACUGAAUGACUGUGGGAUAGAUGAUGGAAACACCAGCUCUGCCACUCGAGGUCAUUUCCCACAUCCUUAGCUUUCUUCAUUCAUCGGAUCGAAAGGAGGCCUCACUGGUGUGUAGAAGCUGGUAUGAAGCCAGCCAAGAUCACCAGUUUCAGAGAAAUGUCACCUUCCAUUUCCCGGCCUGCACAUCAUCUUUGGGUUUUAUCCGUGGUCUUGCUCAGCGCUCUCAAUGCAGUCUGAUAAUCAGUCAUGUGGACAAUUCCAGCCUUUCACGGCAGGUUCUGGAGGAGCUCAGGGUUCAUCUUGGUCCUCAGAUAAUGGGACUGGCACUGCCGGGGAGCAGCAUGUCUGAGUCCUCACUGCUGAACCUGUUACCAUGCCUGAGUGGCCUGCGCAAGCUUGACCUUAAUGGUCUAGACAGUCUCUUCAUGUCAGGAGCUUUUCUUAGCCGCGAGGAACAACGGCAGAAGGUUCGAAUUGCACUGAGGAACCUGGAAGAGCUAGACCUGUCUGAUCUCCGUUACCUUUCUGAUCUCACUUUCAAUCGUCUAACAGGCUGCACGCCGAGACUUCGACGUCUAGCGCUCGCUGGCUGUCACAUUGCCUUUGAGUUUGACCCUUACCGUGGCUGCCCGGUGGGUCUGGGAUCUUCUGCCAUGCUCUCUCUAAGAAACCUGCUCAGACUCCUUCGGGAUCAGAGCUCAACAGUGUGCUGCCUGGACCUGAGUCGCACCUCCAUCACCCCAGAGUCUCUUCGCUUGCUAGCCCAGGUUUCAGAUCUUCAUCUGAAGGAGCUGAGCUUGCAAGGCUGUAAGGAGCUUACAGAUUACUCUAUUGAGCUGCUCUGCAGGCACCAGCGGAGCCUCAGGAAACUAGAUCUAAGUGCCUGUACCGAGCUGACCAGCCGCAGUGUGCUGACCAUAGCUGCCAAUCUCAAACAGCUGGAGAGCUUGUCUCUGGCCCGGGACUGGAGAAUGACAGAUAAAGGAUUGGCAGAUUUAAUGGCACUGCCGAAUUUGACAUCACUGGACCUGGCUGAGUGUCUGCAUGUGAGCGGAGUGGAACUGGUUAAAGGUCUGUCAGCUCCACAGUGCAGAGCUCAGCUGGAGAACCUUAACCUCAGGAACUGCACCUAUAUCAGGGAUGUUUCCUCACUGGCUCAGUUACUUACCACCAGUUUGAGAGAGCUGGAUCUGAGUUCCUGUGUUCACCUCACCGAUCCGAGCGUUCGUGCCAUCAUCUCCCAUCUCCCAGGACUGGUGAAACUGCGGCUUGGCUUCUGCAAGGAGAUUACAGACUGGGGGUUGAUGGGAAUGAAGGAGCCCACUGAUAGCUAUAAGCCAAGCAAGGAUAUGGAGGACAAAGGACUGAGCUUCACCCGGACCUUCGGGAACAUGGGCUUCUUCCAGCCUCCCAGCAUGCCGUUUGAGGACAAGCCACGGUUGGUCACGGACGAGGACCUUGGGGCAUUCAGGGAGCAGGAAGCAGCCUCACUACGAGCACUUAAGGGCCUACAGGAGCUGGACCUGACUGCCUGCUCCAAACUGACAGACUGCAGUAUAACAGAAGUGCUACGCUUCCCUGAGCUGCAGCGACUCUCUCUCUCCAUGCUGCCGGAGAUCAGCGACGAGAGCCUGGUGUCUGUAUCACUUCACUGCCGUUGCCUGACCAGUUUGGCGCUAAGUCGCUGUAACCGGAUCACAGACGAGGGUCUGGUACGUGCCCUGCCACAUCUGCACAGGCUUCAGCACCUGCAGCUCGCCUACUGUAAUGCCAUCACAGACAGGUCACUGAAUCUGAUAGUGCAGCACUGUAGGAGACUGAGGACGCUGGACAUCUCCAUGUGUAAGGACAUUACAGUAACUAAAGUGGACUUUCUUCAAUCACACCUGCCAUUCCUGGAGGAAGUGCACUAUCGGUUUGUAGGAGGAGCAGACCUGAUCCUCACACUCUGAUUUGUUGCUUUUUACACAAGCUUAUAGACUAGAAAUUUGGUGUGCUUUAGUGGUGCAGCAGACCAGUAUGCUAGCUCAUUACCAGGGAGAGGUCAAGAGUUAUUGUCAUAUUGAUCAUUUGUUUAAUAGCUGAACAUUUUUGCUUUGUAAAACAUGCCUCAAAGAAAUGAAAUAAUGUUUAUUCAAUUGAUUGAUCCAAUCAAUAGUGUUUACAUAACACUAUGUUAUUUGUAAAAGAUCUACCAUUAAUUUAUAUCAUUUAUUUAAUUUGUGUAAAGAAUGUGUCAUGAAAUCAGUGUUCAGCUGGGUGAACAUCCUCUAACUGUGGAGAUUGUGUUGUUUUUUUGCCAUGGGUUGCAACAGUGAUUUCUGCUGUCAGGUUGUGGUGCUGACACAAGUGAAGGAACAGACAUGGCAUAAUGCUCCGUUAUAAUCUAUCGCUGCCUGGGCCUGGAUGCAAGUCCAGUGUGGAGCUGGUGCAAGUGAAGGAGGAAUUGUAAUAGUGAAUGUGAACUGACAGUGGGAAAGACAGUUUUCAUGUUUUUAUUGUUAUUUUAGUCGAUGGUAAUUAUUCUUUAAGCUUUUGCACAAUUAUCAGCUUCCAAAAAUCCAUCAACCAAACAUUUGUAAACAACUGCAUUGUCAUAUUACAGUAAAUGGCCUAAAAUAUGUGGACACCCCUCCUUAUUAUCGAGCUCAGUCACACCCAUUGCUAACAGGUGUAUAAAACAUUCCAACUUUGUGGCAACAGUCCAGCAUGGAUGUUCCAGCAAGACUAAGUCUGUGUGCAAAGUCUUGUCCAUGGAGAGUCAUUGUUUGUCAAGUUUGGUAUGAAGGGACUUUACUGGUUUGCAUAGAUCCCUGGCCUCAACCCCACUGAACAUCAAGUGCAUACUAGACAUUUUCCAACAUAAGUACCUGACCUUGCUUUUUAGACUGAAUGGACACAACGUCCCUUAGACACACUUUACAUCUUAGAGAAAAGUUGUUGAAAAUUCUUCCCAGAAGAGUAGAGACUGUCAUAGCUGCAAAGGGGAGGAGCAACUCCAUAUUAAUACCCAUAAUUUUGGAAUGGGAUUGUGGCCACAUAUUUUGACCAUACAGUGUAUGAAAUUGUAUGUACUAUUAAAAUGUUUAAGUAAUAAACUAAUAUUUAACUUUAAAAAGGUUUCAUAAGUAUGCAAUAAUGUAUUCAGUGUUAUGCACUAACGAUGAGUUAAUUGUAUUUUGAGAUCAUUUGUAAUCUGGUUUGCUUUACAACAUGUGUAAAACUAUCACUUAUUCCUAGUCACUUUAUUUAAAUAAUACAAUAAUUAGUCAUGUCUACACCUACUGAAGUAUAAUUCAAAAGCAAACAUUUAGAUUUAGUACUCAUAUACUGUACACACAGAAACAUCUAGUUGUUGUAAGUGUGGGUAAAUGUAAAUGCCCUAUAUCUGAUUGCAUUUAUUGUUAUGCAUUAACAGUGCAAUUGUAACACAAAAACCUUAUAUUGUAAAACAAAUUCAUUCAUUUAAGAAUUGUUAUGCAAUGCUUAUUACAUUGACUGCAUCUAAAACCUGUAAUUUGAUGUUUUUCACAUCACUGUGAAGCAAAUUUAGUCCACUCAUUUUUGCAGACACACACUGUUCAACUCGGGUUUCACCACAGUUCUAUUGGGUUUAAGUCAAGACCUUGGGCCACUGCAAAACAGUCAUUUAGUUUCUUUUUUAGAGUUCAGGAUUUAAAAUUGCCAGUAUUGUUGAGAUAUAAAUAAAGAGCCAAGUCUCAACCAGGGGAAAAUAUCACAUCAGAUCACAUCACUACUCCAAUCCACUAAAUGUGUGUUUUUUUUUAUGCUUUGACAGAAUUCCAGUGCAGGUAUAACUGUACUCUUUUUUAUUUAUGCUAUAUAUCAGCUAACAAUAUUACUUCCUUACUAAACAUAUUCCUUAUGUUGUGCUAUAUUGCUAAUAAUUAUCUUGUUAUUAAUAAGAUGUGAGACUUUUGUAAUGAAAGUACUGAAAAUUGACUAAAUCCCUGAACAAGUGUUUUAAUUAUUUGCUGGUCUGGAUUAGUACGAUAGCACUUACUCCUGUAGUGUUAUAUAGCAUUAAUCUUUCAUUUCAGUGGAAAGCUGCAAGCUCCAUAAUGCACUGAAACUCAGAUACAUGGUUUGUGAAGUUAUCAUACAGUAAUUGUUUCAUUUUAUUGUACCCUCUAUUAUUAAUAAACCAUAUUUGUUAUAA